UAAACUAAAUAAAAUGGUGCAGGGGAGUAAGUGAAGGUGGUGGAGAUAUUGAGUUAAUGGGGAUUGUGGUGGGUUGAGAAGGUUUCUGUCUUUUCUCAAGAGGGUGUGUUGUUUUGAGGGGAAAAAAAAAAAGCCAGUUUUUGAAUAUAAAGUUGAGAGCUUUGAGGGAGAAAGUUGUCUCUGAAAGGUUAGAAAAAUACCCAUUUAUUAUUUAUAUUUAUCAAUAUUCUCUGCUACUAUUGGACCAUUUCUUUGAAGGUUGGCUGAAUACUAGCGAACAGUUUACUCUUUUAUCUUUGUGAAGAUUGAAUUUAAAUUUUCAUUUCAGUCUAGACGCUUGACUGAUAGUUUAUGAAAAUGCAAAACUUGUGUAAGCAAAAUUCUGGUGGAAGUUCUACCCACUCAACAUCAUUGUAUGAUGUGAGCUACCCUUCAUGGGGGAGCUCAACUGAGUCAUGCGCUCAGCAAGCAUCCAUGUCAGAGAGCUUAAGCUUGAAGAUGGGCAUUCCUCCUCAGCAUUUUCUGAGCCCUAAGCAGUUGAAUUUUCAACUUCAAGACCGGGAUUCAUCAUCUACUCAAUCAUCUGGUCAAUCUUGCCCAAGAGAGGCUUUUAUGAAACAUAGCAAUCCUAAUGGACAAGCUACAAUAUUGGCAGUAUCAGGAGUUAAUGGAACACAUGGGAAACCUUUUGGAACUAACACAAAAUUUGCCACAUCAAUGGGACCUCAGGAUUUUCUCUUUGCUCCACAUAUUGACAAUAACCAUUCAGUUGAUCCCAUUCAACUCCAUUAUGUUGAACCAUACUUUGGUGGCUUAUUUGCUCCUUUUUAUGGGCCACAGGCUAUGCAGAUUCAUCCUCCUCAAAUGAUGGGAAUGACUCCAGCUCGAGUGCCACUGCCUUUGGAUACUCUUGAAGAUGAUCCUAUUUAUGUCAAUGCUAAACAGUAUCGAGCGAUUCUCAGGCGGAGACAGGUUCGUGCCAAGCUUGAAGCUGAAAACAAACUCGUCAAAGGCCGCAAGCCAUAUCUUCACGAGUCUCGUCAUAAGCAUGCAUUGAAUAGAGCUAGAGGAUCUGGCGGGCGUUUUUUGAACGCAAAGAAGCUCCAAGAGUCUGGGCUGACAAGUGACAGUGUGGAUACGUCAGGCUCCACAGAGUUCCUCUCAACUGGAAAUAUCUCAGAAUCUGAAGUUCAUCCUGGAUUCCGUAAAGAAGCUGCUUCCACCACAUCCUGUUCUGACAUCACAAGUAAAUCCAAUGGCGAAGACAUCUUCCAUCAGCCAGAAUUCAGGUUCUCUGGCUACCCUCCUCACAUUGGCAGAAACACAGUGCAGGGUUGCUCAGCUGAUAUAAAUGAAACUGGGCACCUGCACCACCUCCUAUCUUCUGUUGAGAGGUGAGCCGAGCACCGACCAUUGCAGCAGUCCGGAUUUGGGAGAAUGCAGCUGCUACCAUUUGAUUGGGAAGUCAUCCUUGGCUCAUUUAGUUUUACUCUCUUUUUAUGUGUUGUGUUGCUUCUGUCAAAAAACAAGGACAGUGGAGUCUGAUUUUGGUCUGGUUAAGAUUUUGGUCUCAGCCGACGCAGGAAGAAUGGACUAAUUUUGUGUUGCAUUAAACUAGUUCUUAUGUGUUGUUUUCAUUAACAGACAAGUUAUGUCUCUUUGACAUGUUCUUUUUAUGGAUUAUAUUUCACUACGAUAUUCAUCAACUCCAGACGAUGAUAUAUUGCAGGUGAGAUUAUGAGCUUUGUCAAAUUUAGUUUUGUAAUUUUGGCUUUAUUAUAUGUUAAGAAAAUAUUUGUUGUUUUUA